CUGGGAAAUAAACAGUGGUACAUUAACAGCAGUAUCAACAGCGUUUCAAUGCGCCUUGUGUGCGACGGUGAGGUUCAGUGUUUGUUUAAGCACUUCUACCUCCUGUGUGUUUCUGUAGGAGUUUCUACCCUGACAGCUAACAGUUCAGGCGGAAUGAUGGACCACAGCAGCAGGACUUUGUACCCGAGCGCCGCAGCGCAACGGGGGGGGGUUUGGUGAAAGUUGGACAUUUGCUCUGAUUAAUUUUUUUUUUAUUAUUCCGCAGCGUGAUGGAUUAAACCCAGGGUUCUGGUUCCAGAACACAUCGGAUCGGAGUUUGCAUUGAUGGUUUAUAUGUAAACAUGGUGGACGUGGUGGAGACAGAAGGAGCUGCGGCGCGUCACGUCACGUUAUGGCGUUUAUUACUGAGUCCUUGUGAAGUGGGAAUGAACCCAAACCCGUGGAUGUGCAGAUCCUGAGCAGGUCGUGCUGAGGUUCCAGGCUGCGUUGAUUUAUUAUUAUUAUUAUUAUUAUUAUUAUUAUUAUCAUCGUUAUCAUUUGUUGAAGCCACUGUAAACCUUCACUUUUCUCAACACCGCGAUUAUGUGGAGUCUUCUGCUCAAAUCGGUGAAGCACGCGGCGGGGAAAGGACACGUCCAGCUGAACCGGUGGAUGCAGCGGCCGCCGGAUUCGGUGGACUGCGAGAAAAUGGACCUGCUGAUCUGCAGCGCGUUUGAAGAGCGAGGCGCUGCGUGCAGGGUGGAUAUGGAGGCGUUGGGCACCGGAGAGCCUUCAGACUUGAGGAAUCCGUGCUGCAUUGCGACCUGUUGCUUCAAGAGCGCGCUGGUGGCGUGCGUCCUGACCGCCGCGUGUUUCUUCUCGGUCACGCUUGUGCGCCGGUACCUUAAAGACGCACUGCUCUGGGUGGAGAGCUUGGAUGGCCUCAUGGGCGCAAUGCUGUUCAUCGUGUGUCUCAUUACAGUGUCGUUCCCCUGCGGAUGGGGAUACAUGGUCCUCAACGUGGCAGCAGGUUACCUGUACGGAUUCGUGCCCGGGGUGGGCCUGGUGAUGGUGGGAGUGCUGAUCGGUACCUCGCUUGCGCAUGUGGCGUGCAGGCGGCUGCUGUCCGGCUGGGUGCUGAACCGCGUCGGGAACAACGAGCAGCUCAGUGCUGUUAUCCGUGUAGUCGAAGGAGGCAGCGGACUCAAGGUGGUGGCUCUGGCCAGACUGACCCCCAUCCCAUUCGGCCUCCAGAAUGCUGUGUUUUCGAUCACAGACGUAUCCUUGCCAGACUACCUAGUGGCUUCAUCAGUGGGUCUUCUGCCCACCCAGCUCCUCAACUCCUACCUGGGCACCACGCUGCGCACCAUAGAGGACGUCAUAGCCGAGCAGAGCGUCAGCGGAUACUUUGUGUUCAGUCUGCAAAUCUUUAUCAGCAUAGGGCUGAUGUUUUACGUCGUGCACCGAGCGCAGUUGGAGCUGAACGCCGCUAUCGCAGCCUGCCAAAUGGAGAUGAAAACAUCACAUAUGAACGGCAGCGUGUCGAACCAUGGCGGCUCCACCUACUGCAGCAAGCGGACCGCGGCGUGCGGAGGGAUUAACAUCGUCUGACGCUUCACAGUGACAUUUAUCCUGGUUCGACGUAUAAUACCACAGCCUUUUUUUUGUGCCGUGGUCCUGACAGAAAACGAUCAGGCUAAAGAUGAUGAAGACGGCAUCCGAGGCCAGAGAAACGUCCGUUCGGGUUCAGUGCUGGUGUGUGAUCCGGGAAGACGUUGGAAAUUCUCUCCGACGUGUGAAAGGAAGCCAGUAUUUUGUACUGCAGGACAAAGUUUGAAUAGAGCCUAAUAGUUUCUUUUGGGACUUUUGUUUUGAAAUGAUUAUUUUUUUAUAGAGUACGGAUUUAAAUUAGAAUUUUUAUAUAUCUAGAGCAGGUGUCGAGCAUGUGAUUUAGAGCGAACACUACAGUAUUGUGCAGUAAAGAGACAGCUGCUGGUGUAAAUGCUAUAUAUUGUCAUAUGCUUUUAGAAAUGUUAUACAUUUGCUUUUGGUGCUUUUCAGAAUCAUGAUGUUUAUUGUUAUUAUUAUUACCGAAGACAUACCACCUGGCUAGGAAACGGUUGCUUUACGCCAACCCCGGGAUUACAUUCGCGCUUCUUCACUUCUGCUAGCAACAGAUGGAAAGGAAGGCAAAUUUCCCAGCAGGGUAUCGGUGUCUUGCCAAGAUCCAUCAAGUGCAGAAUGAUGAAACCGAGCAGCGGGAUUUUAUCUGCGUUCAGUCUCUCGUAAGGCCACUUGGACAGGCUGGUGAGCAUUUAUUUUCUUUCUGUUUGGUUUUGUGUUUUUUUUUUUGUUUUUUUUUAUCCUAUUUAACCAAAUGUGUUACUAUAGGGCUGCUGUAAACCUUUUUUGUGUGCAUUUAUUAUUAUUAUUUUUUUUUUAUCAACUUUGCCUUUUAAUUUGGAGCCAAUUUCCAUAACAUUUAUUUAUUGUGUGCAAUACCUGUCUUAAGCUGUCACUGUUAAUAUUUCAGGUAAAUUAUAAACAUCAUAAAACAAAGAGAAGCAAUUCCCCAUAAUCAAAUAUUUUCCUUAUUUAAGUUUGAGGGAUAAUUAAUAAUAUUAUUACAAUUAAUGUAGUAUUAAUGAAUAUUUUAAGAUUAUAUAAUUAUUGCCUGGGGAUAAAUAUUAUAAAUGCAGGAAUUAUUUUUUGGUGAGGUCGAGCAGCACUUUAAAACUAACACUAAUUUCACACUCACAAGUGAUGAAGCAGGUGUCCAUUCAAUCUCUACGUAUAUCCACAAUAAGAAGCAUUUACGACCUCUUAUUAAUGUAUCCGGAGACAUAAUGAAGAAAUCCAACAAGAUUGGAAAGAAGGAUUAGAGAUCAGUUAGAUCAUUAAACUUCUAGUACGCAAUGACGCAGUACCCCAACUUACAUAAUACACUUGAACAAAAGUGUACGAAGUGUAUAUCUUGUGUAAUGAGAUGUCGGUUAUACAUCUUUAAAAAAUAUAUCAAAUAGCUUCACACUAACAAGAGAGAAACUGCAAGCGAUACAAGUGAUGAGUCAUUUGCUAGUGUGAACAUGAGGUUAAUUAUUUAAUUUUGUGAAACAUCUGCAUAAAUCUUCCACAGUAUCCAAACUUCUUUCCAAGACCACCAAGAAGGACUGGCUAACCUUAUCAAAACUGAUGCGUAGAUGUUUUUAGACACAAACGCCUCCAGAAUGUUCCCUGACUUCAUCUGAGCUGUUUAAACUAGCCCUCGGUUUUGUCUUAAUGAGCUUAGCGCUCUGAGCACGGUGUUCCUCCUACCCCAGAGAUCUCAUGGGUCAAUUAGUCCUCGCGGUCAUAAUUCCCACAACAUGAACAAACCAGGAGGCUGUUAUUUUCCUGAGGAUAUCAAGUUUAAAAUUAGGGAACAGUCUCACUGUUCAGGGAAAAGAAACAGCUCUGGUUUGACUUUGUUUUUUUUUUUUGUUUUGUUUUUUUUGCAGUCUUUAAAUGUCACAUUCCUAACAUCAACACUAUUGCGUGCAGUUCCUUUAGUUGGAAUGAAGUCAAUGCUUUUAUUUUGUUGUGUUUUCUGAAGACUUUAAAAGCCAUAUGAUCAGCAGCAAGCCACUACUAACAAUGUACAAAUAAUAGUUAUAAUAAAUGACAAAAACAUGAGUAUGGCUUACUUUUAAAUAUGUUUAUGCAAAAAGAGAUGAAUAGGUUUCAUUUCCGUUCUAAAAUCCUCACAGUCUGGUUCUCCAAAACCAUGUAUGCUAAUAACAUAUUCCAUGCUGGUUACUUAUUAAAGUGCAUAACGAAUAAGUGAAAUCCACGGGUAUAUGAUAAUUUUCCUUAUAUAUAUCAACGUUUUAAUGUAGCACAUUGGCGAACAUUUUGGUUCUUUCUUCUCCCCACAAGUAAACAUACUGUCUGCUUAGCCUUUUAGCUAUUUGGCAGACACUCUGCAUAAGGGCGUCUUCCAAAUGCUUUAAAUGUUAGCGUCUUUGUUUUUCUCCGCACGUAUUUAUAUAGCAGCCUUCAACUGGAUUUAACUGUUUCCUUGUACAUGGUCUGACAAAAUUAUUUUACUGACAACCAGAUCUUUCUCAUCAGGUGAAAUUCGUAACAAUUAGCUCAAUUUACAUACCGAGGUGUCGCUUAACAAAAAGCUGUAUAUUUACAAUAAUGCUCAUUAAUUGAAAAAAUUAGGAAAUAUGUUUUUCUUCCGGUUGUUGAACCUACUCGUUCUCCCUGCAACUACAAUUUAAAAUUAAUAUCCCAGAUGCAAAACCUGCUCAUCCCUGGUACCCAGGCUACUGAUUUGUUCACACAUGACAUGCUUUCAGCUAUUAUCUGAUAUAAUCACUGUCCAGUGUGAUCAACGGACUGUUUGGUUUUCGUAUACUGUAUAUCUGGAAUCAUCUUUACUUCUAACCUAACGAUCGACAGGUUUGCGAACGGUUGGUCAUUUUGAAAUCCAUCCAUCCUCUUUUUUUUUUUUUUUUUUUUUUUUUUUUUUUUUCUUUAAAAAAACAUCCAAAUUCCCAUUUGUUGCUGCUGCUUAGACUCCCAUGCUGAUAAGGGCUCAAAAAUUCCAUGUCAAGUUCUACACUUAUCUUUACAGUCUCAUAAAUAUAAAUGGCUAAGAUAAAUAGACCUACCAACUUUUAUAACAGUUUGUUACGUCGGUUUUCACACUCGCAUGUUGUAUGAAAUGGCACACGGAAAACAUUCCUCGACGAGAUUUCUGUCCGGAUAAGUUUUGAAGUAGGAAUGUUCCCUUCAUUUGAUAAACUUAGCAAUAACUGGAAGCAGAAACAUCUUUGAUUUAGGUAGAGAAAUGCAACAUUCCUGGUCUUGUGUUAUGAUGUCAGCCUGCCUUGUACCUCUUGCUGCCUAUGACAGGACAUGAGACUAGCCUCUGGCAUGAUCAUACUCCACAUACAUGAAAAAACAGAUGUUGAAUGCAAAAAAAAAAAGCAAGUAUAAAAAAUACUGAAUGGGCAAAUGGGAUUUACUCACAGUUUGUUUAACCGAUAUUUCUGACGUAAUUAUGCAACAGACGAAAUCUGACAUGGGGAUGAAAUAUGGUUCUUGGUGAGUCUUUAUCUGAGAUUGCACCUACGGUUACAGCACACCAGAAACCCAGUGCACAUGUGAUCUCAGAUAAGUACAAAUCAGGGACCGUUAUGAAACCUCUGCCCCCAUGAAUCAAGUGCAUUUAUCAAUUUCACUGUAUUUUGUAAAACAGAGUCUUACAGUGUGUAAACAGAUAUUUAUCGCUGUAUCACACUUGGUCUGUGUUUAUUUAAGAAAUAAAAAUGUCUGAUAUAAAUCA